AUGGCGAAGGAAAUUAAUAAAAUUAUGUUCGGGAUACGACAAGUGGUACGAUUAGCAAGAAAUAUUAGUGCACAAGAUUUUGUCAAAUUUCGUCAUGUAUCUGCGUUCUUAAAACCAUACUCUACAAAUACCUUACAACAAAAAGAUGAUCAUUUAGAAGUCGAUAAAUCAACUAACGAAACGAAAGAUCUUAAUAAAUCAAUUAACGAAAAUGACAAACAAAAAAACCAAAAAUUAGCAUACCAAAAAGGUGUGGUAAUAAUACGUUGCGAUGGUUGUAAAAAUAAUCAUCUUAUAGCUGAUAAUUUAGGAUGGUUUGAUGACUCAAAAAAAGGUAUGAAUAUUGAAAAAAUCUUGGCACAGAAAGGUGAAACUGUAUGUAAGAUAAAAUACGUACCUGAAGGAUUUCUUGUUAUUCCAAAAGAAGAAAGAGAAAACUUUGAUGAAUCUAAAAAUGAAUUAAGUAGUCAACAAGAAAAAGAGAAUUUAGAUGAAUCCAAAAAUGAAAUUAAUUCGAAACAGAUUAAAGAUACGUAG